CUGUACAACGAGGAUCUCGUCGAUUUAUUGGCCGACGAUCGUUCAGCGAGUGGUGGACUGAAGAUUCACGAGGAUGCGAAUGGUGAAAUCUAUUUGAACGGUGUCACGAGUCGAGCUGUUGCUAGUCCACACGAGACGUUGACUAUACUCAAAAAUGGAGCGUUGAAUCGCACAACGGCAUCAACCAAUAUGAACGAACAAUCGUCGCGAUCGCACGCUAUCUUCACGCUGAUGAUCAAGCAGCAACGCGUUGUCGCCAUGAACAAUGCGGACCUACAACCGCAGGUCAUUUUCACAGCUGAUCUUAGUUUAUUCCUCUUUGAAGCGGCUAAUCCUCAUCUUAUUCGUAUGUGCGGAUUAAUUCUUGAGAACGAAAUGGCGAUGACAGAAAGUACGAAUACGUGUGCGGCUAGCUCGCAGAGUGAAUUUGAGAUUCUGACCGCAAAGUUUCAUUUUGUUGACUUGGCUGGAUCAGAACGUUUGAAGCGUACAGGUGCCACUGGUGAUCGUGCCAAAGAGGGUAUAAGUAUCAAUUGUGGAUUGGUACGUAAUAUCGUUCUUCAAUAUUUAUUCAAAAACAUGAACUGA